UUUAUUUACUCUAUAAUAUAGAUUGAGAUAGGUAGAAUUUAUGCUACCAUUUUAGUUGUACUAAAAUCAAAAGAUAGAAAAUGGUUGUCGAGGUAGCUGAUACUGGCAAGAAGGAAAAGGAAAUGCCUUUACCUGGAGCAUUCUUUGAACAAAGACAACAAGCACCGGGUUACGUUCCAAUCAGCCGACCAAGGAAGCGCGGCCGAUGUGCAUGUUACUUGUUCCUUGUCCUUACAAUUUGUUGUUUUUUGGCAACAUCAAUUUACUUCGGGAUAAAAUCGAGCCGACUUCACCAUGCAUUGAAACACCAACGAGCAAUGAUGUGCCCACCAAUGAGAAUCAUGGAUCUCUUUCCGAAUGGUAUGGAUGCCAUUGAAGGCAGACACCGUGAAGGUGGAUAUCAAGGAAAUUGGCGGCCAUGGCGCCAUCACGGUGGUGAUCGUGAUCAUGAUGGUGAUCGUGAUCAUGAUGGUGAUCGUGAUCAUGAUGGCGAUCGUGAUGAGGAUGGUGAUCAUGACGGAAACGAUGGAAUGAACGCUGAAGGAACACCAGAAAUGUGGCAAAAAAUGGCAACAAAAUUGGCCGAAUGCAUUAAAGUGGUCGAGGAAGAUGCAACCCUUGAAGAGGGAGUAAUCACUUUCGAUAUAAAUUCAGAAACCAUCACCAUCAACCUCAAAUGCGCCAAGUCAGUUAUGGCUAAAAUCAUGAGGAAUCUCUGGGCCAGAGGUUUUGGUCAAAUCAUGAAUUAAAGGAACGAGUGAAGAAAACUUUUAUGUACAUUCGUGCACAAUAAACAGCAGCCUUUUAUUCUUAAUACAUUAUGCUAUAGUGAUUCAUGGUUUUAGUUGUAACUUUUUCCAAUUGAAGUGAUAAAGACAUUCUGUUAUAUAGGUAUCGACUUUAUUCUGAUGUAAUUUCUAUAAGCCUAAAAACAGGGAAUAUUUUUAGGGCAUAAACUUCCCGUUUAUUAUUU